GGCAUGGCGGCGGCGCGCGGGCGCCGGAGGCGCUUGGCGGAGCUGACGGUGGACGAGUUCCUGGCCUCGGGCUUCGACGCCGAGUCCGAGUCGGAGCCGGAAGGAGGCCCGGCCCCCGCGGCGCGGGCGGCGCGCGGAGCGGCCCGGAGCCCGCCCGGGCGCGGCGGGAGCCCCUCGGCCGGCCGGCGCAAGGGUCAGGCCUCUGAGCAUAAGGACCAGCUCUCCCGGCUGAAGGACAAGGACCCGGAAUUCUACAAGUUCCUGCAGGAGAACGACCAGAGCUUGCUCAACUUCAGCGAGACGGACUCCUCUGAUGAUGAGGAGCAGCAGCUGCACUCCUUGCCCACGGAGCUGGAGGAAGCGAGCGAGGAAGAGGAUGACACUGAAGAUGGGGUUCCCGGAGGGCCCAAAGAGAAGAAGGAUUCUGUUCCUGUGACUCUCGCCAUGGUCGAAAGAUGGAAGCAGGCGGCAAAGCAGCAACUUACCCCGAAGGUAUUCCACGAAGUCGUGCAGGCGUUCCGAGCCGCCGUGGCCACCACCCAAGGCGACCAGGAGGGUGCUGAGCCCAGCAAGUUCCAGGUCACUGACAGUGCUGUGUUCAAUGCUCUGGUCACCUUUUGCAUCAGAGAUCUUUUCGGCUGUCUCCAGAAGCUGCUGUUCGGGAAGGUCUCUCAGGACAGCAGCAGGGCACUGUUACCAUCCAGUAGCCCGCUGUGGGGAAGGCUGCGGCUGGACAUCAAGGCUUACCUGAGUGCAGUCAUACAGCUGGUGACCUGCCUGGCCGAGACAACGGUGGCGGCAGCUGUCCUGCACCACAUCAGCAACUCUGUUCCCUACUACCUGGCCUUCCCCAAGCAGUGCCGCAUGCUGCUCAAGAGGAUGGUGGUGCUGUGGAGCACGGGGGAGGAGACGUUGCGCGUGCUGGCCUUUCUGGUGCUCACCCGAGUCUGCCGCCACAAGCAGGACAUCUUCCUGGGUCCCUUGCUCAAGCAAAUGUACUUGACCUACGUGAGGAACUGCAAGUUCACCUCCCCCGGCGCCCUGCCGCACAUCACCUUCAUGCAGCGGACCCUGACGGAGCUGCUCGCACUGGACACCAGUCUGGCCUACCAGCACGCCUUCCUCUAUAUCCGGCAGCUGGCCAUCCACCUGCGCAGUGCCAUGACCACUCGUAAAAAGGAGACGUACCAGUCGGUGUAUAACUGGCAGUUUGUGCACUGCCUGUACUUGUGGUGCCGCGCGCUCAGCACCAUCCGCCCCAGCGGCGCUCUCCAGCCCCUGGUCUACCCCCUUGCCCAGGUGGUCAUCGGCUGCAUCAAGCUGGUCCCCACGGCCCGCUUCUACCCGCUGCGCAUGCACUGCGUGCGGGCCCUGACUCUGCUCUCGGAGAGCACUGGCGCUUUCAUCCCUGUGUUGCCCUUCGUCCUAGAGGUUUUCCAGCAGGUCGACUUCAAUCGGAGGCCAGGGCGCAUGAGCGCCAGGCCCAUCAACUUUGCCGUGAUCCUGAAGCUGUCCAAGGCUAACCUGCAGGAGAAGGCUUACCGGGACGGCCUGCUGGAGCAGCUGUGUGACCUCACUCUGGAGUACCUGCACAGCCAGGCCCACAGCAUCGCCUUCCCUGAGCUGGCGCUGCCCGUCGUCCUGCAGCUCAAGGCCUUUCUCCGUGAGUGCAAGGUGGCCAACUACUGCCGACAGGCGCGCCAGCUGCUGGACAAGGUGCAGGAGAACGCCGCCCACAUCUGCAGCCUCCGGCAGGCGGCCUCUUUUGGCGUGUCGGACCGGCCUGCGGCGGAGGCCUGGGAGCAACAGGCCCGGGCGGCAGGGACCCCGCUCACCCGUUACUACAGGCAGUGGCGGAAGCUGCGGGACCGUGAGAUCCAGCUGGAGAUCAGCGGCAAAGAGCGGCUAGAAGACUUGAACUUCCCAGAAAUAAAGCGACGCAAGGUGGGGGACAGGAAGGAGGAGGACAGGGUGGAAUUCAAGGACCUCUUCGACCUGGACAGUGACGAGGAUGAGCCUAGCUCCUGCUUCUCUCGGGGAGGUGCCCCGAGAGCUCCUCAGAGGGCACAGGAGGACAAGGCGGAGGACGAGGCGGCUGUGGCCAGCAGCUCAGAGGAUGAAGGCCCAGAUGCAGAGGCCGCCCUGGAGCCGGGGGAGCUGUGGCGACUGGCGCAGGGGCCUGAGGACGAGCUGCAGGACUUGGAGCUCUCGGAGGAGGACUGAGGCCCCGAGGGCCGACGCAGCACAGCGGGGCGGGCGGCGGAGGGAACAGGGCUUUAUUUUCACAACACGAGAGACCGGGAGUGCCGCGCCCUGUGCCGAUGUCUGAUCCUCGCUGGGGAGCGGGUGGCAGCUGCCCCCAGGAUGCUCAGUGGCCCCCAGCAGCGCCGGGGAGGGGCCGACGCACCUCCAUCUUUGGUUGGUCUGCAGAGCCCCCGCCAGCUGGCCCUGGGCUCUGGGCACCGGGCUCUGCCAUUGCCCCAGAAAGGCUCUGGAUGUGCACAUCCCCUUGGUGGGUUUCCUGCCCAGCAUCUCGCCUCACAACCCGGAGGGGAAGCUGGGCCUGCGUCACCCACCCGCCGCUCAGCCCAGAGUCUGGGAGGUAUCCGCGGGCCUCAGCAGCAGAGCCGGGGGCCUGUUCUCUGGCUUGGGUGAGGCCAGGCCAGACGCGGGUUGCUCGCCCCCGCAGGGGGAGGGGGAGGUGGUGGUGGUGGCAGCAGGCGACAGGGGCUGCCCCUCCGAGGUGGGUUCCCGCUCAGGGGCCUGCGGUGGGCGCAGUGGCAGGGCCACCGGGAAGCUGGCCAUGUAGAAGAUGCGGCCCAGGCGCCUGGCCACCUGCAGGGAGACAGCGGUGGGGGCCUGUCCGCCAGGAGAGCUGGGGCCACCCCAGGGCCCCAGGCCGGCCCCUCACCUGGGCGCGAAUCUUGAGCGCCGGUCCCAGCUUGAGCCCCAGGGUGGUCAGGAGGUGCUCCUCCGUCAGCAGCGCCAGGGCCUCCCCGUCGAUGCCCUGUUCUCUGAAGACCUGGGAGGCAGGGCUGAGUGCAGGAGCUGCCUCCCACAUCACCCCCCCCCCAUCCCAGGUCCAGUGCAGGGAAGGGGGCAGUGCCUGCUCUGCUUCCCACUGCCUUAGGGAGGCCUGGGGUGGGGCGGGGGCCCGGGUGGGGGAGGCAUGCGAAUGCGGCUCAGACUCACGGGCGCCCCUCACCGGAACAUAUUCUCCGCAGCCAGGCAGGCCCCCCACAAAGCUGCAGACAUUGUCCACCGUCCACUUGCUGAUGUCCUCAGGGGCCAGGGCCGCCUCCCCAUCCACAAGGAAUCCGCCGCUGGCUCCUGGGUGGGGGGGUUGUGGUCAGACCUCUGGCUUUACCCGGGGCCCCUGCCCUUGGCCUUCCUGGGCUGGGCUCUUAGGACGCCCGCAGCGGCUGGGCUGGGGGUGCUGGCCCAUGUGCCCAGCAUGUGCUGCCUGCGGGCCGGAGCCCACCUG